AUGGGAGGUUGUCCAACAGGAUCAGUCUAUAUACAAUGGGGAAGAAAAUUGUGUACCAGAAAUGGAACGGAACUAGUUUAUUCAGGUAUAGGCGGUGGAGGUUUUCUGACCAAUAGAGGUCGAUCUGCGACUCCAGUGUGCGUCCCUCAUGAUCCAGACCUUGGACCUGUUAGCUCUACUGGUGGGUUCUCAACGAUCUAUGGCAUGGAAUAUAACGAUGCAGUUUUUGGUAAUAACCUUUACGAUAAAGAUGUUCCAUGUGCUGUUUGUAGGGCUAUUCACGUAACAUCUGUCUUCAUGGUACCAGGAAAAUUAAGUUGUUAUAAAGGAUGGAAUUUAGAAUAUAAGGGGUUACUAGCAUCUGGUAAUCGUGUUGACAAUGGAGCAUCAACAUAUAUUUGUAUUGAUGACACACCUGAGGUUCUAGAAGCAGGAGUCCAGAAUGAUAAUGGAUAUAUCCUUUUCCCAGUCAAGGCUUAUUGUGGAUCUCUCAAGUGCCCUCCUUAUGUACAAAACAGUAUUUUCAACUGCGUUGUUUGCUCAAAAUAA